UACACGACCUCGGCAGCAUUGGUGAUAGUGUCAAUAGUAUCACAGCUGAUUUGGUGAACCCAUGAGAUACAAGAUUUAUUAAGACUUUCGUUAUUAAUCGGUCUGCCCAAAUGAAGACAGAACCUAAACUACAGAUGGCUUUAAGGCGAUAAACAGACGGUUUAAGGAAUCUUGAACAAGUUAUACUCAACAGAAAAAGGAAGAUGGGUCCAACUAGAGUUUUUCCAAUUCUUCAUCGUGUUGCUGCUCUUUCUUCUAUACGCAGUACAACAGCAUUAAGACAUUCCCUUUGUAGGCCUACUGUAAAACUGUGCUAUGCCUCCCUCUGCACCCUCCAACAGACGAGAUCUGUUUCAGCAGAGACUGCCUUCAGCCAUCACAUUUCAGACCUGACUGACAGGGAGAAAAGACUACUGGCCAAGCUUUAUGAUGGACUUAUCGGGGGUCAAAGGGCAGCUCUCGCGGAAUCUAUAACCCUUGUGGAGACCCAGCAUCCAAGGAAGAAAGAGUUGGCCCAGGUCCUGCUUCAAAGAGUGCUGGCCUUUCGUCAGGAGCAGGAGAAACGCAAUGGUGGAAAUCCAGUGGCUUUCAGAGUGGGACUGUCUGGUCCCCCUGGUGCUGGAAAGUCUUCAUUCAUCGAGGUUGUUGGGAAGAUGCUGACAGGAAGAGGACAUAAAGUGUCAGUACUGGCUGUGGAUCCUUCCUCGUGCACAACUGGAGGUUCACUAAUGGGGGACAAAACACGAAUGACAGAGCUCUCCAGAGACAUGAACGCUUACAUCCGACCAUCUCCCACAUCAGGAACCCUCGGUGGUGUGACAAGAACCACCAACGAAGCCAUAGUCCUCUGUGAGGGUGCAGGCUAUGACAUUGUACUAGUGGAAACCGUGGGUGUGGGUCAGUCUGAGUUUGCUGUGGCUGACAUGGUGGAUAUGUUUGUGCUGCUGAUCCCACCAGCAGGGGGCGAUGAACUACAGGGAAUCAAAAGAGGAAUUAUUGAGAUGGCUGACUUGGUGGUGGUUACAAAAUCAGAUGGCGAAUUGGUUGUUCCAGCACGGAAGAUACAGGCAGAAUACACAAGUGCCCUGAAGUUACUUCGAAAGAAGUCCAAGGUCUGGAAACCAAAGGUGGUCCGCAUAUCUUCUCAGACGGGGCAGGGUGUGCCUGAGCUGUGGGAUACCAUGCUACAGUUCCGGGAUGCAAUGCUAAGCAGUGGGGAGCUUAGAGUCCGGCGGCAAACUCAGCAGAAGGUGUGGUUGUGGAAUCUGAUCCAGGAGAACGCUCUACGCCACUUCCAGCAGCAUCCAGCGGUGCGUGCCGAGCUCCCGGAGCUGGAACGAAGGGUCACGAGUGGACAUAUCUCACCCGGUCUUGCUGCUGACCUCCUUCUGAAAAUCUUCUCCAGUGUACAGUGACGGAAGGCUGUUGGAUUGGAAACUACAAGCCAAUAGAAAGAAAGAAAGAUCAUGCAACGAGUCGUACUACCUUUGAUAUCUUAAGUCUUAUGUGAAUAAGAUAAUUGUGUUUCACCUGGUUUUAAAGGAUUUUAAGAACUGAAGAUAUUUGAUCAUUAUUACAGAUGAGAUUAUUGUGGUUUAUUGUAUCUUGCAAAGUUGGUAAAAUUGUAUUUAAAGAAAAGGAAAUUAAAUGAUUAAUAACUUCUACACCCUAUGACCUGAAAUCUGAUAUUUUUAUGGGACUCAGCAAUAAAAUAUUCUUUUCUGCCAGCCCCCAUGGGCCAGUGAUUUAAAAAACAAACAAACAAUUGUCUCAUAUUAAUAUGAUAAGUGAUAUCACAUGAGCAGCAAGAGUGCUGUUUGUACACAACAGUUCAGUAAAUAAGAAGUUAGUGUUGUGUUAUAUUUUAAACACAAUAUUGUCUGUUUUUGCUCAGUUUUGCCAACAAAAAUAUUACCUAUAAAGCCACAGCAGAAUUGUGCAUCUUCGAGCAACACAGCAGGUUUUAGUUUUUUGAAUGAAUCUGCGUUUUGAACGAAUAUGUUGAGCCAAUGAUUGAAAAGCCCAUCCAUAUGAAUAAAUAAGCCAUUUGAACGAAUCGAAUGAAUGAAUGACUCAUAAGGACAUUUACCGCCUCCUGCUGGCAGUUUUAGUUCUUAUUUAGAGUAUUAUUUCAUUUAAAAAAAAAAGGGAAAAACACUUUAAAAGGAUAGUUCACCCCAAAAAAUUAGACGGCAUCAUUUACUCAAACUUGAAUGUCUUACUUUAUGUUGUGGAACAUAAAAGAAGGUAUUUUGAAUACUGUAACAAAGCUAUUACCAAUGACAAUGAAAAAACGGAGAUGUUUCUCAAAUUAUCUUCUUUUAUGUUGAAUAGUUUACGUUAGACCAUUGUAGCCUAAACGUGUAAUACAUUUUAUGUUGAAUUAAAUCAUAUAUUUCUUUCUAAAGCUACUGUUUGUAAUGUUUGCUUAAUACGUUUUCAUUUAACACAAAAAAUAGCUUUAAAAUAAUUUUGGGGUGGUGUUUUCACGGCCAAAUGUAUUGCAUUUGCGAUUAAUUAAUUAGAUUAUCUAAUUAAUUAGAUUACAAAUUUUAUUCAACUGACAGCCCUAAUAUAUAUAUUAAAAAUUCUUAAAACAGUCAUUUAUAAUGUAUAACCUAAUAUAUAAUAUCUAAAAACAUAUGUAAAAAAAUCACUGAACAUUUUCUUUACAAAAGCAAAAGCAAAUAUUAAUGUUAAAUGUUUGCUUUCCUGCAAACUUUUGCACUGAUUCCAAAAAUAUGAUUUCAAUAAAAUGCAAUGCAUUAUUUA